UGCAUGCGCACAUCGGCGUUGGAAAGGGAUUGUGGGAAAGGAAGAACUGGCCGGUGCUGAGAGCACAGUAACCGAGCCUUGGAGACUGUUGUCAUCGAGGAGCGGGAGCCGGGGAAGCAAGCCUGGGAGUAGAGAGCCCGCUCCGCCGUUCCUCUGCUGCUUCACAGGCCCGGUCUCCCGGGAUGGAGGCCGCGGUGAUCCGGCGUACACAGGAUACUCUGGGGAAGGUGAUCAAGAAGCCCCCGCUCACCGAUAAACUGCUGGCCAAGCCGCCUUUCCGUUACCUUCAUGACAUUCUGAGCGAGGUUAUCAGAACUGCUGGGUUUUUCAAGGGACUUUACACAGAGUCAGAACUGAAAUCAGACAAUGUAAAGGAGAAGGAUUCCAAAAUCAGCUUCUUACAGAAAGCAAUCGAUGUGGUUGUUUUGGUGACUGGAGAACCUUUGUCUGUGAAGCCGGCUCGAAUUGUGGCGGGACAUGAACCAGAGAGGACGAACGAGUUCCUUCAGGCCAUAGGAAAAUGCUGUUUGAAUAAAUUAUCCAGCGAUGAUGCUGUGAAGAGGGUUCUGUCGGGAGAAAAACUGGACUCUAAAGGGAAGCCUCCAUCAAACACCAAGUCUCAAGAUAAGGAAAACAGAGAAGCAAAAGAUGAAGAACGAAGGAGCCAGAGGGAGAAAGAGGACAGGAGGGAGCCUGAAAUCAGGGAAAGAAGUGGAAGCAGAGACAGAAAAGACAGACAGAUGAAAGAUGAGGAAAGAAAACCUUCUGAAAGAGAAAAAAAGAAGGAACGGGAAAGAGUGGGAGAGACGGAGAAAGAUGGAUUGCGAGGAGAGAAAAACGAUAGAGAGAAAAACAGAGUAAAAGAACCUCGAUCAGAAACUGACAGAAAUAAAGAUAAAGGUAGGGACAGAGAAAAGCGAAGUGAAGGGGGCCAUGGAAAAGAGAGGGACAGAACAAGAGAUAAAGAAAAAGUAAGAGAUGGAGAGAGAGAACGUGAAAAGGAGCGAAACCUGGAAAAAGAGAGGGAACCUGAAGAUCGCAGUCGUGAAAGAGACAAAGAACGCGGUGACCGUAACAGGGAUGAGAGGACAAGAACGCGUGAACAGGAUAAAGAGCGAAGACGGGAACGGGAUUCGGAAAGGAGAAAAGAACGUGUAAGGGAUAAUGAGCAUAAAGGGGACAGAGAAGAAAAACCAGAGGAAGAAAUGAGAUCAGAACGAAAGCAAAAAAUAUCAGAGGAGCCUACAAAGAAAAUCUCGGACGUCCCUGCAAGAGAGGAGAGACAGUCCGUUUCAUCCAAAGCAGCUCGGCCAUCUGCCUCAAAACUACGAGAACGAAAGCCAGCCAAACUCGGUGGAGAAGCAGCGGAUUCUGCUAGUGAUGGUGAGGGAAAAGACACUCAGGCAAAGAAUACUGAAGAUGAAGCUUCUGAUGGGCGAACAAACCUCUCUGCUCAAAGAAGAAUCCCUCGACCUGGAAGUGCACGACCAGCUCCACCAAGAGUAAAGAGGCAACCCAGCACAGACAACAUUGUCCCUGAAAGGGUUGGCAGUGGAAAGGGUGUCUCCAGUGUAAUUGUGGAGAAGCCGAAAGAUGACGGUGAUGACGAUAACGAAUUUGUGGUGGAGGAAGCGUCUCCUCAGCUGUCGGAUCUGCCUGCAAUGGAGAUGGAGUCGGCGCUAGACCUCCCUGCGGAUGAAAAGCAUGGCAGUCUUGUUAAGAAAAUCUUAGAGACCAAAAAGGAAUUUGAGACACAACCUGAUGCAGGCAGUAAGGGCAAGGCCUUUUUGACUGAUAAUGGAAGACAGAAGGAAAAGGAUAUGGUGACAAAGGAGAUUGGAAAGCUCAGGAGCUCCAUUCAGAUCGUGUGUCGCAGUGCUCUGCCACUUGGCAAAAUUAUGGAUUAUAUCCAGGAGGACAUGGACACAAUGAAGAAUGAGUUGCAGAUGUGGAGAAAAGAAAACGGCGAACAUGCAGAGGUUCUGCUAAGGGAGCAGAGCAUCACUGACUCGGCUGUGGAACCUCUUAAGGCUGAACUUGUCGAGCUUGAGCAACUUAUCAAGGAACAACGUGAUAGGAUCUGCACAGUGAAAGGAAACAUACUGCGGAAUGAAGAGAAAAUCCAGAAGAUGGUUCAGAGCAUGAGUGGCUCGAAUAGAGACUGAAUUAUGCAGUAAUAGUCCAGACAGUAAUAGACAGUCCAUAUCUCUGUGGCACAAAUGACUUGUUUUUUCUAGGUCCAGUACUUUUAAACCUAUUUAUUCAGUUGCUGUUCAGGGUGCGUCUGUGAAUUGUAUACAUUCCAUUGGAGGUUUGUGCUUUUUUUUUUUUU